GAGCUCAAGAACCGCGCGACGCUCACCAUCGGCGUGGUGCUCGCCGCGAUCCUGCUCGGCUCGAUCUUCUUCACGAGCGGCGCCUACGAGCGCUUUUUGGACAAGCGCCUCUUUCAGGACCCGGUGGUCUAUCGCGAGCAGACGCCCUACCAGAAGUUGACGAUGACCGCGUGGCGCGGCAAGGACUAUCGCCUCUAUAUCAACGGCAACAUCCAGUUCUCGAGCGUGGAUGAAUACCGCUACCACGAGGCGCUCGUGCACGUGCCGAUGUCGCUCGUCCCGAAUGUGCGCAAGGUGCUCAUUCUUGGCGGAGGAGACGGGCUCGUCGUCAAGCAACUUCGCGAGCACUACAAGGAGGUCGAGGAGAUCGUGAUGGUCGACCUCGAUCCGCGCAUGACCGAGCUUGCCAAGUCGCACCCCACGCUGCGCCGUAUCAACGGAGGCGCGAUGGACGAUGAGCGCCUCGAGGUCGUCAACGACGACGCGAUGAACUACGUGAUGGACACCAAGAAGCGAUUCGACGUGAUCAUCAUCGACCUCCCCGAUCCCAACAACGAGUCGCUCUCCAAGCUCUACAGCGUGGAGUUCUACAGGUUGAUCCGCAACCGCCUGCAGGAUAACGGGGUCAUGGUCACGCAGUCCUCGGCGGUGUACUUCGCGCCCAAUUCAUUCUGGUCGAUCCACCGCACGAUCGAGGCGGCGUUUUGCCCCGAUGAGAAAGGAUGCGCUGGCGAGGAUCAGCACGUCGUGCCCUACCACACCUGGAUCCCCUCGUUUGGUGAUUGGGGCUUUAACCUCGCGAGCAAGCAACCGCUCGAACCGGCGAAGUGGAAGCUCGAGGUGCCCGACGCGAAAUACGUGGACACCGACGGGCUCGUGGCGAUGCUUCACUUCCCGCGCGAUGUCGGCGAGCGCGAGGUCAAGAUCAACCGACUUAUCGAGCCCGUGCUGUUGACCUACUACAUCACUACAUCAACGACUGGCACAAGCACAAUCAAUGAGCAGGACCCGGGCGGGGUGCGGUGGGCGACAAACGCGGUUGUCGCCCACCGCACCCGGCUUUCGCGAUGCCUGGAACAAAGAGCAAGAGGAGCACGCAUGUCUUCCAUCACUCGCACGCUCGGCACGAUGCUUCCCGAUGGGAACCCGGUCGAAAAGAUCGACGCCAUCAUGGAGCGCGUCGACGCCGAGGCCUACAUCAAGGCGCUUCCUGGAAACGUCCUCUAUCAACUGAUCAAGGAGGCGGGCUGGGAUCAGGGCGUGGAUCUCGUACCGUUCGCAUCCCCCGAGCAAAUCCAGCUCUUUAUCGACUUCGACGCGUGGCGCCGCGACGCGCUCGUCCCGGUGAGGAUGACCCCAUGGCUCGCCGCGCUCGUCGAGGACGCGCGCGACAAGGACUUCCAGCGCGCCAUGCGAGAGAUCGACGGCGAGGUGUUGGCGAUGCUGUUCUCCUCCCAGCUCGAGGUGAUGGAGAUGGACGAGGGGCGCAUCCCCGAUCACGCUCCAGAUCGCGCGGUGACGAGCCCGGAUGGCGUCUACGCGAUCGUGUACCCGGAGGAUGAAUCACUGGCCGCGCUGAUGCGCAAGCUCAUCGACAGGCUCUACGAGCUCGACCGCGUGCUGGCCUGGACGCUGCUCGAGGCAGUGCGAUGGGAGCUCCCCACGGAGAUGGAGGAGUUCGCGCUGCGUUGGCGCACGAGCCGCCUCGAGGAGUUCGGGUUUGUCUCACGCGACGAGGCGAUGUCGGUCUACACGCCGCUCUUCCCGGACAAACUGCGCGAGCGCAUCGAGAAGGAGGACGCCGCCCAGGUUCGCGUUCGCGCCCCUGGCGAGACGCUCGAUCUUCCGAGCGUGAUGUCGAGCGAGAUGGAAGAGGACGCGUUGAUCAUCCGCGUCCUGAUGCGCAUCCCCGAUGAAGAGCGCAGGCUCGCGCGUUUCUUCGAACUCAGCGCGCUGAUCAACAAGGUGAUGCUCGCCGAUGGCAUCGAGCCAGGAGAGCUCAACUCGGGGCGUCAGGUGAUGCGUCGCGCGCUCGGUUACAUGGGGCUCGGGCUCGAGUUCGUGACCCGAGGGCAGCAAAAUCAGCAGGACGAGAUCCUCGAGCGCGUCUCGCUCAAGGACAUCUUCCGCGCCGGUUACACGCUGACCGCGCAGCUCCAGCGCCAGGUGCAACAGCUCGAGCGUCGCCCCACGCUGACAUUGAUCGAGGGGUUGCCCUACUCGUUGCUCGGCGAGGAUGACGCGGCGCUGCUCGAGGGCCUCUCGAGGCAGCGCCCGACGUAUGCCGAGGAUGCCUACACGCAUAUGAUCUUCGAGCAUCAACACCAGCUCGAUGACGCGGCGAUGCGCCUGGGGAUGAUCGCGUUCAAGCAGCUUUGGGUCUUCGGGCUGUUGCGAUUGCAGGUCGCCGAUCUGAUCGCGCGCGCCACGGACGACUCCCUGCUCAAUGAUCCGAUCGACGUGACCUUCGACACGCUGUUUCGCACCUGGGUCGCGCGUCUGCUCAUCGAUAAGCAAGAUGGCGUGCAGGCGCUCGAUCGCGAAGAGGUCGGCGCGCUGCUCGUCGCGUUGCGCGACAAGGAGUGGGAGAAGAGCUCGUUGCGCGAGCACUUCUCGGGCGCGUUCGAGGCGUUGGGACCAUUCUUGCCGGGCGGAACGGACCUGCUGUUCGAGCGUUGGUUCGCGCAGGCGCUCGAGGUGCUCGUCGACGAGCUCGGCCAACUCAAGAUGGCGAGCGAUGCAACCUUCGCGCAGCAAGUCGUCUUGCUCCGAGGCUGA